AUGUACAAUGUAACAAAAAAUCUUCCUACCAAAUUUCAAAGGCAAGUCAGAAGAAAAGUUUUUGAUGUCGUCUCACAAGCAGAAGAUGAUGCUGAGCAAGAGAUAGAGAAUCAGAGAAUUCAUUCAUCAACCUCCAGUACUAGUGGACUAUCUGUGGUGACACAACAAUACCCUGAAUUCUUUACUCUACAUCAGAAUCCAUCAUUGAUUCGUCCUGUAGAAGCAAAUGAAGAGGAUCUAGAAACAAACAUUGGGGAAGAAGAAGAUAAUUUACCAAGAGCAUUCCUUACUUUGUAAAUGCAUAAUUUAUAUCUUG